AGGCAGCGCACAAAGCAUACAAGCUGGUCGACGAUGGUGCGCAUGUUUGCUCUGUGCUCAUGCGCUCUUUUUUCACACCCCCACCCCACUCCGCUUGUUUGCUUUUUUUGUUUCGGCUUCCGCCCGACUCCUCGAGUUUGGUGGCAAUUUGUUCUGUGCUCAAAAUAGUUGACCAAAGCAAGCCAUUUCUCUCCCUUUGUCCGCUUAUUGUUUUGGCUCCUUAUUUUUGCUGCUUAUACUCGCUCUGUCACACUUUAAGGUUUAAACUCCGGACGCACCAGCGACACAUUCGAGCGACGACGACAACAACAAAAGAGCCUUGCGUCAGCUUGCCCAGCCACAUCCCCAUACCAUACACCACACCACACUGCACACAUGUCUCAGCAGCCUGCAACCUCAGGAAGCGGCCAGAGCCGCAUGCGCCUGCCGCCCUCGCUGGACAGCGCCUAUAAAAUCGUGCGUGACGUCGGCCAGGGCGCCUACGGCCUAGUCUGCGAGGCCGAACACAUCGAGACCGGGCAGCAUGUCGCCAUCAAAAAGGUGUCGCGCGUCGGCGAGAAGGAGGUACUGGCGAAGCGGUCGUUGCGAGAAAUCAAAUUAAUGCGCCACUUCAGCGGCCACGAGAACAUCAUCUCGCUGCUGGACAUUGACGUGACCAACAGCCCGGAUUUCAACGAGAUCUACCUGAUACAGGAGCUGAUGGAGGCCGACCUCCAGCUGAUCAUCAAGUCCGGCCAGCCGCUGACGGACCCCCACUUCCAGUACUUCCUGUACCAGAUCUGCCGCGGCCUAAAGUACAUUCACUCGGCCGGUGUCCUGCACCGUGACCUCAAGCCCAGCAACCUGCUGGUCAACGCAAACUGCUCGCUGCGGAUCUGCGAUUUUGGCCUGGCACGCGGGCUGGCUGAGACCCCCGAGGGCAACAUCGGCUUUAUGACCGAGUACGUGGCCACCCGCUGGUACCGCGCACCUGAAAUCAUGCUCUCGUUCCUCUCGUACACCAAGGCCAUCGACAUCUGGUCUGUGGGGUGUAUUUUUGCCGAACUCCUGGGCAGCAAGCCGCUAUUCAAGGGCCGUGACUACGUUGACCAGCUCAACCAGAUCCUGCAGAUUCUUGGCACUCCCGACGACGCCACGCUGUCGCGAAUUGGCAGCGAGCGCGCCCAGAUGUACAUUCGCUCGCUGCCGUACAUGCCCAAAGUUCCCUGGGAGCGCAUCUUCCCGGGCGCCACGCCCCUGGCGCUGGACCUGCUCGAGAAGCUGCUGGACUUUGACCCGAGCACCCGCAUUACCGUUGAAGAGGUGCUUGCCCACCCGUAUCUCAAGGCAUACCACAACCCGGAUGAUGAGGUGUCGUGCCCAGUGGCCUGCGAUAUGUCCUUUGAGGCCGUCACCUCGAUGCCCGACGUUAAGCGCAUGAUCAUCGACGAGGUCAUUGAUUUUAAGCGCCAGGCUGUCCAGGAGACCAACGACGCCGCCGCAGAGAUAUCCGACUAUAUGGAUGGCUAUGCUGAUCCGAACGCUAUACCCGCCAAUGAUGGGUUUGCCCGCGCGCGCGAGUACCGGUCGGUCGACGACAGCUACGAGCCGGGAACGGCAGCGCAGCACCAGCAGUUUAUCGACGAGUCUGGAUUGAUGAGCGCCAGCGAUGCUGCGGCGCUGGAGCGGGAGCUAGCUGGCGAUGUGGAGAUGAACUGAGCUGAUCUUUUUUUAAUAUUGCAGUGUGACGUUUAGUGGAAUGAAAAUGAAAAUAU